UAUUUUCCCCCUCGGCUCUUCACCCACACACUUCCUAUCCAUCCGCUCACAGCUCGCCCCCUCCACACUAUCUCGCCGGCGCGCAGGCGGCGCCGUCCCAUCAUGGGAUGACGUCCGCCGCAAAAUAAGCCCCCCCACGACCAACCAAAGCCCCGAUUAGCCACCAACAUCGAUCCCCAUGAAGGCGUCUAUCAAGUUCCGCGACGACGACCGGCCGCUGAUGCGGGCCAAGGUGCCGAUCGGCGUGCUCGGGCUGCCGUUCCAGUCCGGUCUCUCCGCUGGCGGCGAUCCCCGGGAGCUCCGCUUCGAUCUCUCCACCGCUUUCGCCUCCGGGCCAGCUCUCCGCUUAUCGUAUCGCCCCAACGACCCCGGUCUCCCCUUCGCCAUCUCCAUCCGCGCCGGUGUCGGAGCCCUCGGCUCCCCUGUCUGCGCCCCCUUCUCUCUCGCUGCCGAGUUCAACCUCCUGCCCGCCAACUCCGGAUCUCCUGCCUUCUUCCUCCUCCUCAAGCCCCGCCUCGGCGAUUUCUCACUCUCCCACACCCUCCGGUCGUCCGCGUCUCCUCCGCCCCGUACGGUCGGGGAGGUCUCUGCCGGCGAAGGGCGGGACCACGAGGACGAGCUGAGCUACAAGGCCUUCUCGUUGAGCGGGAGUGGGUUCGCGGCGGACGUUGCCACGGCGGGGAGGAGCGGUGGCGUCGGCACGCUGCUGUCCGGGAUGAGGCUGACCACGAGGAGCGUGCUCCCGCUCUGGGGCAGGGCGAGCAUGCGGUUCAACUGGGGGAUCCGCGCGCCACCGGUACUGCAGGCGGCGUUCGCCGACGACCGCAAGGACGCGCGUGUGCCCAUCUGUAAGAUGCCGCUGCUGGUCAUCAACAAGAUCUCCAUCGAGCAGUCACCACGCGCCGACAAUAAGAAAGGCAGGAAAGCAGAUGUCUCGCUGCCUGCCAUCGCAACCACUGACGCGUCGGAUGGCGCGGGCCACGAUUCCACUAGCGAGGAUUACUCGCUGAUGAGGCGACAGCUGGAGGCGAUGAAUGCGGAGAGCGGGAUGCUCCGCCGCGCCGUGGAGGACCUACGCACCGAGAUCGGGCGUGGCAGGGCCGCGUCCGUGGCAGCAGUAGGGAGGUCGCCACCGCAGCCGCAUCACGGGUUCUCGGUGAAGCCUGAUCGUCGGGGCGGUGGGAAGGAGCCAGCGGCGGAGAACGCAGCGAUGCCAGCGCCAGCGCCAGACGAGGUGGGCGAGGAGUUGAAGAGGGCGCUGGAGGCGCGCCGGAGAUGAAAGCUGCCAAAGCUAAACAGCGUGAUCUGUACUCUUGGUUGCUGCAGUACUAAUUUUUCGAUUUUGAGUUGAAUAAUAACAGAGCAAUUCAGUAGUA